AAUUUGACCAUUUCCAGGACAGAUUCUGAAAGUUCUAAGCCUUGUGAAUAAAAUGGGAUAUUGUCUGGGACUCUGGGUGAUAUUUUGUCCUAAAAGUCAUGUUAAAACGUUCCCAAAAAGUGUUUUUUUCGCGACAUGCAAAUUUUAUGCAAAUGAUAUGCGUGACAUAGAAGGGGAAAGUUCACCUCAUUCCACCUUGUUCAGAGCAAUGGCGGCUAGUACCAAAACAAAGCGCAGUGUCAAGCAGUGUGUUGCUGGAGGGCCGAACGGUGCCAGUUGCAGAAAUGGCUACUUGACAGAAGGAAUAUCUUUGCACAAGUUCCCUUCUGUGAAGAAUGAUGGAACUGUGGCCGACAAAGAGAAGGCUAAAACAAGGGCUCUGUGGAUCCAAUUCGUACGCAGGCACCGGCUUGGUUUUGAAGCAAGCUCGUGGUCACUGUUGUGCUCGGCACAUUUCCACCCCUCGUGCUUCACCGCAAAUGUGGAGAUCGCGGGCAUGGUUGGACUGAAGAGAAUGCUAUUGCCUCAAGCAGUUCCAACAAUUGACAUCGCCGGCGUGCAGACUGAAACUGCCCUUGUAACUGCUCCGGCACAAAGACAGCCUGAAUCUUCACCCUCACUAAGAUCAGCUACAAAUUUAACGGUGAAGACUGAGGAGGAUGUCCAGGUGAAGACUGAGGAGGAUGCGUACAACUCCAUCGAACCCCAGACGUUUCUCAUGAAGACUGUGGCGUGCCAGACUGAGCGUCCUGGAGUUGCCACUACGUCAACCCAGAUCUCCAUGAGAACGCUCCGUCCAAAGUUCCGCAGCAAAGAAACCCAGACUGCUGCGUGGAAAUCGCUGGGCAACAACACAUACAUUUCCAUGGUCAAAAAGAAGCCCACUGGACCAAAACAAACCCAGACUGCUGCGUGGAGAUCCCUGGGCAACGGCACAUACCUUUCCAUGGCCAAAACGAAGCGCCCUGGACCAAAACAGAACCAGAGUCUCUCCCUCAAGUCCGACAAUGUUAGUCUCCAUGAGGAGGUGACUGUGCAAGUGUCCUGCCUGCUGCAGUUCUUUGAAAGGUGUUUGCGGUGCGGUGGUGAAGCGUGCAGCCUGGUGACGCGCCGUGAGGGAGCUGUCUUCACCGUGACACAGAUGUGCGGGAUCUGUCAAAUCACUGUGACAUGGGAGAGUCACUCACUACUAGCUGAUGUUCAAAAUGUUCUUGCUGAUGUUUUUGAGAGGACGUAUGAUGGAACUGCUGAAUCCGAAGCCACAGAGGUGAUGACUGAGGAGGAUGUCCAGGUGAAGACUGAGGAGGAUGUCCAGACUGAAGAGGAUGUCCAGGUGAAGACUGAGGAGGAUGCGGACGGCUCUACUGUGCCCCAGCCGUUUCUCAUGAGGACUAAACCUGUGGCAUGCCAAACCGAGCGUCCUGCAGUCGCCUCUGUGACAACCCAGCUCUCCAUGAGAACGCUUGGUCCAAAUUUCCGCAGCAAAGAAACCCAGACUCCUGCGAUGCCGGUGAUGUCCCUGGGCAACGGCACAGACCUUCUCCUUUCCAUGGCCAAAAAUGAGCUAACUGGACCAAAAAAUCAGGGGUUCGAGAUCUUUGGACUAAGCGGGAAGAAUUCGCUUGUUACAGAGAACCAGAAUCUGUCCUUUCUCAAGUCAGACAAGACUGGUCUGAAUGAGGAGGCGACUGUGAAAGUGUCCUGCCUGCUGCAGCUGUUUGACAGGUGUUUGAGGUGCAAAGGUGAAGCGUACAGCCUGGUGACUCACCGUGAGGGAGCUGUCUUCUCCGUCGCACAGAUGUGCUGGACCUGUCAAUUCACUGUGACGUGGGCGAGUCACUCGCAACUGGCUGAUGUUCAAAAUGAGGAAGUGCGGGAGAAGGAUGGAAAUGAAGUAGAGGAAGAGGAGAGUGAUCAGGAUAUGGAGGAAGAGGAAGAAGAGGAGAAACAGCCAACAGGAAAAAAGAGGAAGAGGAAGGAUAGCGACGAAGAGUGGGCUCCAGGCGUAGAGGAGUUUACCAGGGAGUUUGUUCGCCAGUCCUCCGAUGACAGCGAAGGGUCCAGUUGUGAAGAAGAAGAAGAAGAAGAAGAUGAUGAUGAUGAUGAUGAUGACGACGAUGGGGAAUGUGCCUCUGAGUUGUUGGUGUGGUGCAGUGAGUGCAGGUUGAAGGUAAGCAAAAGCUGCCUCAGACACAAACACCCUCUGCUCUACUGCUGCGUUCUCUGUGGCUACACAGAACCUCACGAGGACUGUACUGGCAUCAGAGGAACCGAGAUCACCUGCAAUUCUGUGGAACCCCUUCGAGAGUCCUCUUGCACCAGCACACCUGAGGGAGGAGAAGCUGAACAAUCGAGCGGCCAACAGGUUGACUGUAAUCUUCAGCAUACCACCGCUGGCAUGAGAAGAACCUGCGACGAGAGCACCUGCGAUUCUGAGGAACCCCUUCGAGAGGCCUCUUGCACCAACACACCUGAGGGAGAAGCUGAACGAUCGAGUGGCCAACAGAUCGACUGUAGUCUCCAGUGUAUACUCACCACUAGUCACCUGGAAGAGGCCAGUAGAAGUCCUGAGGGACCAACCAGCACCAAUGACAACCAGGACGAGACUGGCCAUAUCCAACCAAUAAGUGCCACUACUGAGGGUCCACUCAGUAUAAACAACCAAUCAGGUGCCUCUACUGAAGUUCCACACAGUAAAAACAACCAAUUGGGUGCCACUAGUGAGGGUCCACACAGUGCAAAUGAAGAAAUCCAAGAUGGCAACACAGGCUGUGAACUCGAGUCUGUACCGAGCAAGCCGCCGUUUGCCGUGUAUUUCAGCGACCCCUACAGCCUGCAGUCUCACAUGGAAGAGCAUCACUAUAACCAGUGGCAACGAAAGCUCUGCACGGACUGUGGCAGGUUCUUUAUCAAGCGCAAUACUGCAAGGGUGCAUGUUUGCGAACACAAGGUGAAGCCGUUCAUCUGUGCGACCUGCGAGAAACGAUUCCGCACCGAGGCUGGUUUACACACACACCAGUACAUCCACAAAGAGGAACGCCUGGUGUAUUGCCAGUUCUGCUUCAAGGGGUUCAGACAAACGGUGGACAAAGUCAAGCACGAGGAAAGCCAUCAGGCAGAAGUACUGAAGUUCUACUGCCGUGAAUGUCCCAAACGCUUCGCGGACCGCCACAGUCGAAGCGUUCACAGGAAGACUCACUGGACGGAGGACCGGUUCUUUUGUAAGUACUGUGACAAGGGAUUUAAGGAGAUGAAUCAUCUACGGAGACAUAAGUUGCUUCACACUGGAAAGAAGCCGUUCACCUGUGAAGUGUGUGAUCGCUCCUUCAACCAGAGUGGCCACCUGAAGUCACACAUGCGCCUCCACACAGGCGAGAGACCCUUCAAGUGCCAGCAGUGUGAGAGGAGCUUCAACCACAACGUCAGCCUCAAGAACCACGUCCAGCGACACCACGGACCCAAGACAGCCACAGCUGAACAGGAGAACCAAGAGUAGGCUUUUGUUUGCAGCAUUUGCAGGUUCUGGAACUGACGGCAAUUCAUCCAAAGUUCACUUAGGUAUGGCAGACUCGUUAUAUGCCUUGCAUGAUGACAAGUCUUAUUCGUUACAUGUUAAGAAAAUUGUACUGGUAUUUGGUACACUACUUUGGCUUUUACUGAAAAACUACUUGAUUAUUCUGAUGUCAUUAUUUUUAGAUAAGAAUCCACCUACCUCAGUUUUUUUGUUAGCCUGCCUUUUUGUUUCAAGGAUCUUGAUACGUUUGUUUUCAAACUCUUACUUAACGUGUUCACAGUAAUUUUCACACCAUACAUCACCUGCUGUAGGAAACCAGUGUGGCCUUUAUGUGUACAGUAUAUUCGUCAGUAUCUGCGGCUUCAUUCCAAUUUCAAUUUCAAGAGAACACAUAAGGACACAUACCCUUAUAAUAAAAAAGAAAGACGCGUAUCCAACAGACAUAUUAUUUUUACUGAAUUGGAUUUGCCAUGUCCUAUGUUGUGGACAGUUUAUAUACAAGAAAUGUUUACUUUAUUCUACUGUACUUUGUUCUGAUGGAGAGAAAAUAGCUUGGAUGCACAUGAGUUGAUCAGAAUACAACAUUGGGUGGAGAAUGGGUUUGAUUUUGGUUUGUGAAAAGAAGCCUCAUUUUGCUGCUGUCCCUGAGUGUGUCUCUUCGAUCUGACCCUAAUUUUUUCUAUAAAUAUUUUGCACAGAAACUAAAUGUGUCUGUCAUUACUGCUGUAUGCUCUGCUGACAAGGA